AUGCCUCAUGGGAAUGAGUGGCACUGGAAAUCAUCCGUGAAUGGUCACGAUUGCACUGCAAAGACUUUGGGCGCUAAUGUGACAAUCGUUGAUACUCCCGGUUUUGAUGACAAUCGACCGCACAUGAGCGAUUCGAAGCUCCUCGAGGAUACAACCAAGUUCUUGUUGAAAAGGCUCAACACGAACUCCUUGCAAGGUCUCAUCUACCUUCACCGCAACUCCGACGUCCGCUUUGGCGGUACUGCGUAUGUUUUCCCGCCGGAGCUCCAAGCUUACGGGGAGCAGGAUGUGUUGUUGGCGCUUCCGGUCCGUCGGCAACGAGAUUGGCUGAUGAUGGCUCAGGUGCCUUAUCUGUUGUCAUUCGAGAUGCUGGAUGACCAAGCGAUCCUCCAUUAUGCGACGAUGACCUGCAAUGCAUCAUCGACUCCGGAAAUCAUUCGUGAUGCCGCCAAAACACUGAAGGAAGACCUUGAAGCGUUCCAGUAUACCGUUUCGCGGUAUAGUCAGGAGCUUGACGAUCAGAAAACGCCGUAUCUUGUUCUGGAUCCAAGCAAGACUGCAAUAUCGAUUCUCAUAUGA